CGUUCACCCCCCGACGCUGCUGGGAUCGCAGGACGCCCGAGUUCGCCAAAGUUACCUCCGAAUCCACGCUCUUCUUGAGCUUUGUCGAGCACGCGUGCUCAGGCCCGUGGAGAACCCCCACCUACCUCCCUACCUACCUCCCCACCUACCCACCUUGCCUUGAUUACUCCGGCGAGGAGGGACGGGGAGAGAGCGGCGAGGCAGAGGGAUCAGCGCUCGCAGCAUAGCCAUGGCACAGCUGCUCCUGGACGUGUUCUGGUACCAGCGGCUGUGGCUGCCACCAAACCUGACGUGGGCUGACCUGGAGGACUCUCCGGGCACCGUGCAGCCGCGCCCCUCCGACCUGUGGCUCACGCUCCCCGUCGCCCUGCUCUUCAUCGGCGUGCGACUGCUCUUCGAGAGGUGGGUGGCCACGCCGCUGGCACGACGCAUGGGCGUGGUGGAGACGGUGCGGAGGGAGGUGCCGCCCAACGCCGUGCUGGAGAAAGUCUACCGCUCCCGCACCAAGCGGCCCACACAGGCCGAGCUGGAGCGGCUGGUGAAGCAGUCCGACUGGACGCAGCGCCAGGUGGAGCGCUGGUUCCGGCGCCGGCGAAACCAGGACCGCGCCGGCAUCAUGAAGAAGUUCUGCGAGGCGAGCUGGAGGUUUGUGUUUUACAUCGUGGCGUUCUGCAUGGGCAUGGCCGUCAUCGUCGACAAACCUUGGUUUUGGGAACAAAGGGAAUGCUGGGUCGGAUACCCAAAGCAGGCCCUGCUGCCCUCGCAGUACUGGUACUACACCAUCGAGCUCGGCUUCUACUUGUCGCUGCUCUUCAGCGUCGCGUUCGACGUCCGACGGAAAGAUUUUAAGGAGCAGAUAAUUCACCACGUCGCCACCAUCGUGCUCAUCAGCUUCUCGUACUUCGCCAAUUACAUCCGGGCGGGCACCCUCGUCAUGGCCGUGCACGACUCCUCCGACUACUUCCUAGAGUCGGCCAAGAUGUUCAACUACGCCAGGUGGCAGCGCACGUGCGACUCCCUCUUCGUCGUCUUCACCGUCAUCUUCCUCGUCACGCGCCUCGUCAUCUUCCCCUUCUGGAUCAUCCACUGCACAGCGGUCACGUCCCUCGAGUUCUACCCCGCGUUCUUCGGCUACUACUUCUUCAACGCCAUGCUCAUGGUGCUGCAGCUGCUGCACAUCUUCUGGGCCUACCUCAUCGUGCGCAUGCUCUACCGGUUCAUCUUCGUCGGACAGCUCGACAAGGACGAGCGGAGCGACGUGGACGAGAGCGACGGCUCGGAGGAGGAGUCUAGCACUGAUUGCGCAAUGGGCUCCAACGGCGCCAUGAGGAACGGGCACGCGGGCGUGUGCGGCGGAGACAAGCGCGCCACCGCCAAGGCGCAGUAACCACCGCCACGGCGGGCCAUGGGCAAAUCCACGCCCGCGCCCGCCUUUCCUGGGGUAACCGGCAGCAACCGAGGACCAAGCCGAUCGGACCGCGGCAGCCAGCCUCACUCCGGUGGACAGCAGCCAAUCAAGCCGACAGCACUCGACCGCGUGACCAACGACGCCAGUCAAUCGGCCAAUAGCAGUAGGCGGCCGUGACCGUCAAAACCAGCCAAUCGAGAGGCGGCAUCCGACCGUGAGGCCGUCGUCCAGUCGGCCUGACGGCGGUCCCUGGUUGGGCGGCUCCCCAGGGACGGCGGUGAACGCGCUCCUCUCGCUGCGCGCCGCUCUCCACCGCUGAUGAUGCUGGUGAUGCCACCAAGACGCGGACGGUCCAACGAUGAGUUAAUUUCGCACUAAAGUGACUUGUUUAUUUUAAUCAAAAGUGAUGAUAAGUAGCGAUGAUUUGGUUUUCCUUGUUGGUGUUACGCCAAACGAAUAUUAACGCGUUGCGUUAUUUUAAAGCCGUUAGCGUUAAUCACACUUGUUUAUUUUCCGUUGUUAUAUAUAUUUUUAUCGUUAUUAUUCGAGCAGCGUAACACUGCCAAGGUGCAGGACCUAAACUCUUAAGAUUUGCGUCACUGCAGCCGCGCGCACGAGGGACCCUGUUGCGAGCGACCCUGUCGGGCGGCUCUCUGGCGUCUCCCUCGAGUAGCGAGACGCUGCAUGCCCUGCGCCCCGCGUCGUCCCGGCGCGGCGCGGCGCGGCGCUGACGGCAAGCCCGCUAGCCGAGCGGGGCGCGUUCAUCCGAGGGGAUGCUGCUGCAGUACAUCUCCUUUACUUUCCUCCCACGCGCGCGCACUAGGCUCCUUCCAUACCUUCUUGCUUGCCGCCCUCUCCCCUCCUGCGCUGCCCUCCGUGGAGCUCGGCCUCGAGCCUUGGGCGUUUGUUCACAGGCGGCGCGACCGCAGGGGAAGGCGGUUGGCGAUUCGUGCCAUUUUUUUUUAAAUGUACGCCGAUGACGCCUUCGUAGAAUACGUGGCCUUGGCAAGUGGCACGUGGAGUUUCUCGCCAGCCUCCGUUGAAAUCGGUUUCCCGCGUUAAAGAUUUCCGCCAGUGCCGCUGCUGUGACAUCGUAUUUUGACCCCCUCCCCCGUAGAAUUAUUUAUCCCGGGGGUUAGAAUUCUACAGAUUAUCUGAAUACCUCCCUCUUCCUGUGGUUAACACCCUCUCCACAACCCCAUGCCAGUCUGGGUCGUUCUUUUUCAGAUCCGUACCUGCCAUGGGAGUGGCUCUCCUCCUUAGUCCUGCACCUUGACACAGACAACGCCACUUGGCAGCGCGUGAACCAUGGGCAGGUGCUUCGACACGAACCCUGCGGUAGUCUCACUGCAGGCUGGGGUGGUGGGGUUGGGGGUCCUAUAGCUCUAACAGUAUUUGCACCCUGGCCGUCCAGAGAUGUCGUGUUCUGGUCAUUUUCUACGGGUGGAGUCGUAUUGCUGUAAGGGCUUGUUUUUUGGGGGUGCAAUGACCGUGCUUGCUAUUCUGAGAGUCAAAUGUGUUUUCCUGCUCAAAUGAGCAUUGAGUUACUGGUCCUCAUCUCAUGCUUGCAGUCGUGACCAAGUGGUGGAAAUUCUCCAUUCCUAUGGCGGUGCGUGUCUGCCCCCCAUCGGACAGCCACUGUUAAUUUCCCCACAAUAUGGUAUUCAUUUUAUUGAUCCCAGAGGGAUGACGAUGGGCCAAGUCAACCCCCAACUGGAAGUUGAACUCGCAACCUUCUGAAUGCCACCGAGGUUCCGAUCUAUGGGGUCUACAUUGCUAUCUCGCACCGGCAACUAAAAUACGGUGCACAAGUGUCGUUGUGUGUGUGUGUGGGGCACCGGUGGGGGGAGCGUUGGCCACUGUGCUGGGUCUGUGAGGGACCAAGUCCCAAUCCCUCUGUCCGUGUUUGAGCGGCGUCCGUGUUGGGCCAAGCCUGGCGUUCGCACUUGGUGACAGUGCUCGUGUGUGGGACGCACGCCGACUCGAACGCACUCAUUCACGUUCAAACUCGUAUGGACUCACUCCGACUCUCACGCGGACACAUGUUCACUCACACUUGCACACACUCAUGGUUCACUCGCACACACUCGCACACCCAUCUGGACUCCCGUUGACACUGCUACAAACUGACACGGGCACUCCUGCCAACACUGCUACUGGCACACAUACGCUUCUGUACACAGCCAGCUGACACUCGCAUGCACAUUGACUCAUGCGCAUGCAAACACACCAAUUCAUCGAGCUCGGCUGCUAAUUCAUGAGGAGGCUGAGCCUCUAACUUUGCCCUCACGGGGCUGAGCCGGGUCAUGAAUAUGACUGUACUUUUGACCCUGUGCCUCUUAACCCCAACCUCUUGAACCCAGACCCGGCUCUGUAAUGAACGAGGCAGAGACGCCCCCUCCUCUGGAUUGAGAUGCGAGUCCCAUGGCUGAAACGCACACCCAGCGAUUGCAAGAGGGAUUGGUAGAGCGGUGGUCCGGAGACCCGAAGCGAGGGGGGAUGUCUGUCCCUGGCGUUUGCCCCCGCCCCCCCGUCUGUCUCCUCGUGUGGCCAGUCCCACUGGGGCGGUGGCGGUGUUUCAUGUUUAUAGGAGGAGGCGUCACCCCCCCACUUCCCCCGACAGUGACGAGUGAGGUGAAAGUGGAGAGAUCCCAGGUGGCUGCUGGUGGGAGCAUGGACGUGAAGCACGCUGGCCAAUCGGAGCAUCGUCCGAGCUCGAACCCACCUGACCUUGCCAACAAAACGGACCAAGCUGUCUAAACAUAAACCAAUUUUCACUCUUAACCAUAACCCUACCCUAGCCUUGCCCAGAAUUACCGUAGCCCUACCGCAAACCACAAACCUUGCCAAAUCCGCAGUUUUAUCCAUAACCGACAAUCACCAACCGUACCCAAACCUUAAUCAUGGACGUGCCAUCAGUAGCCACGGACCCCAGGCCUCCACUUCCUCUCCCGCUCGCCUCUCCCGCUCGCCUCUGCCGCUCGCUGCUGGCCGAGCCGGCGUCGCCCGUCGUGGGUACGAUUUUCAAAGCGUCGCUCUCGAUGUGUUCGCCUUUUUCCAAUAUCGCUUAAUAUGAACUUGCAAUUGUAUUUAAUUUAAGCUUUUUUUUGUACAUUUGCCUUCUAGAAUAAAGAAAUUAUGUGCCACGGCA